CAUCACAUAUUUAAAAUACUCUUCCAUCCGAAAUUUCUAAAUCGAGAUUUUGGCGGGCCGCAAAUGAAAUAACGAGAGCGGGAGAUUGAAAGUGUGCGAUCAAGGAAAGCGGCAAUAGGGAAGGACGGGAGUCGGAGUUGCGAGGAGCGUUCGGUGGCCGCUGCCGAGUUCAGGGAGCUUGAUUGGUAGAGCUAGGAAUAUGGUGAGGGAGCUCAGAGUUGAAUCUUUCUAUGCACUUCUACGCGAUGCUGCAUCAGCCUCGUCUUCGUCCCCUCUAUUCAUCUUUCCAUCGGCAUCAGAUUCUGAUUCUCUCUGUGCUCUUAAGAUCAUGACCCAUAUCCUCGCAUCCGAUUCUCUUCGCUACUCUGUCUACCCUGUAUCCUCAUUCAGCGACAUAGAAAAUUUUGCCGGCCUCAAUAUCCAUAGUUCCCGUGAGAGGACAUCUCUACUUCUCAUCAACUGGGGGUGUCAUCGUGACCUCCAGCGGAUUCUAAAGCUUGGUUCAGAAGUUCGUGUCUUUGUCAUUGAUAGUCAUCGUCCAAUUCACCUCCAUAACCUUAGCAAGCAGAAUGAUCAGGUCGUUGUCCUUUAUACGGAGGAGGAUGAGCACCACGCAGAUUUGAUUUAUGAUUUUGAUGUGUCGGCUCUGGCUAAUGCCUCCGAUCUGAAUAGUGAUGAUGAGAUUGGUGAGGACAGCGAUGGUGAUGAUGACAGUGAAAACGAAUUGGAUGAGGGGAAUAUCAAGCGCCGAAGGCUGUCAGAAGAGUCCGCAUCAGACCCAGUCAGGCUCUAUGGGAAGCUGAAGGCUGAGUAUUAUAAGUUGGGAACUUUUCAUGGAAAGCCUUCUGGUUGUUUGUUGUUUGACCUUGCUCAUUCCUUGAGGAAGAAUACUAACGAGCUGCUUUGGUUAGCUUGUGUCUCUCUUGCAGAUCAGUUUGUACAUGAAAGGAUAACCAAUGAGAGGUAUCAAGCUGGGGUUAUGGAACUUGAGCAGUAUAUUAACAUCUCUGGAAAUCUGGAAUCGAUCACCUCUGUGACACUAAAAGAUGGCACACAGAUUCAAGCACCAGAGAAUUCUCGGAUUUUAUAUGAAGAUGAACCACGGCUUAUGCUUGUCAGGGAGUGGAAUUUGUUUGAUUCAAUGCUUUGUUCUUCUUAUGUUGCAACCAAAUUCAAGACUUGGAGUGACAAUGGUUUGAAGAAACUCAAGCUUUUACUUGCCAGAAUGGGUUUCUCUCUCGUAGAUUGCCAGAAGAAGUUCCAGUACAUGAGCAUGGAAGUCAAGCAGAGGAUGAAAGACGAGUUUGAUCACUUUCUACCAGAGUACGGCCUGACAGAGUUUUACUAUCGCAGUUUCUUUAGGAUCCAUGGGUAUUGCUCGAAGUUGUCCGCCGCUGAUGUAGUUUAUGGGGUCACAGCGCUGCUUGAAUCAUUGGUUGGAAGCAAGAAGGACACAUCAAUCGGUGAACAAUUUUGGAUUGCUUACUCAGCACUUUCCUUGAGCAAUCUCGAUCAGCUAAGAAAAGGAAUGCAGAAUGCUAUUGAGAUACAGAAGGCCAUUCUCAGACAAGGAAGUUCCGCAAUGACAAAGAGUGGAUUUAUCCGAAGUGGCAGAAGAUUUCGCUGGAUAAAGCUUGAAGAUCCCGUGGAUACUGAGCGAUUGCAUUACCCUCAAGCACUUACCAAAUUCUGCUACUUUCUGAUGGAUGCUUUAAAAGAAAGAGGUGCAAGGAUGAAGCCUCUGGUGUGUACCUGUUUGGCAAAAGAGCCUGGCAAGGUUUUGAUAGUUGGAGUUUACAGUAAGCCACGACUUGGGGCUAUUCAAGGCAACUCCUUCGGAAUCGUAUUUAGAACUGCUGCUGAAGAAAUUGGUGCAGAUUACUGCAACGAAUUGUUUGAAUCUUCAUGGAUACUCUUAGAUAGUGUGGCUGUCAGUUCCUUUAUGAUUAGAUUGGCCGGGAAACUUUGAUAUAUUAAUGCUCCAGAAUAUGUUGAAGAUAAAAGCUGUUCCAUUGUUUGGAUAAGGUAUUGAAAUGGAACUGAGUUUCUAAAUUAUGAAAAAGCAUGACAACAAUGCAGCUGCUUUUGUCAGUAUUAUACUAUUAUGUGCAAAUGAUUGUCUAACUUAUGUAUUUUGCAUGUCCGAAUCUGUCUUUUAUCUAUCUGCUUGUUGAGUAUUUUGCCCUGAGAUUGUUAAUAUAAUAGUGUAAUAUGGCUAACACAUGGCAGAUAUGAAUUUUCUUUAAUUUUAGCCGAAUCAGCGCAAUUCUCUGUUGAAUUUUAGCUGAAUCAGCACAAUUCUACGUUGUAAGGCUUCUUUUUAAGGUAUAUUGUGACAAGCAGAAGUCAAAAUUAACGUCUUAUGUUGAUUUUAUUUUGAAAUAUAGACAGUUUUCUCUUCCUGGCAUAGAUUUCUAUUUAUCUAGUUUCUCUUUGAG